UUGCGGACAAGCCCAGCUCGCAUCCUGGUGCUUCGGCGGAGGAGGCUGAGGAAGAGGACGCGUCGUCCGUGGUCAGUGGCGACGCCGAAUUAGGGGACAUCGCGUUUGGCAGUGAAAAAGCAGCCGCAGUUGCGGCCGCUUCCGAGGAAGGGCCCCACGAACCUGCGCGGACGCGCGUCGCCCGCGCAACCUCGCCGGUGUACAGGUCGCGGUUGCGCCCCUCGCAUUUGGCAUUCUGGCGCGACCGCAUAGAGAAGCAGGACAUGGGAAACCUUGGCUUCCUCUUCGGGAACUGGGGAAGGAUGCCAGCAAACGCCGCGAGGCGACAACGCAUAGAGAUGCAGCUGAAGAACUCGCCCGCGCAAAUUAUCGGCAUUGCAGAGUGCCAGCUGGCAACCGAGGAGCUCCUGCAGGAAUCCCCGCAGGCGAGCAUGGCGCGGAAGCUGGAGUGCGUCCACUGGGAGCGGCGGGAGGAGGGCGAGUACCAACGCAGAAACGGCGGCAUGGCCAAGGCGAACACCCGUAUCAUGAUCUGCCGCGUGGAGUUGGACAGGGUGGUGGAAGGCAUGGGCAAAGAAGUCGGCGUCAUGGUCGUGCACCUGCACAACGUGAUCGCGAACGGGAAGUGGAAGCUGAAGAUGCACGACUUUGGGCAGUCGUGCGUGGACCUCAUCCACCGUCACAAAGUGUCGGUGCUCAUGAGCGACUUCGACAUGAGCUUCUUCCGGGUCGUUCCAGAGCUCCGCAGUUGCGGAGUUACGAUCGACCUGGCGGCCUGGUACCCGUGGAGGUCGGCAGUCGGCGAACCUUGCGCCGAUUCUUGCGGGGUGUUCUUCGUCGAGAAGCCAGGCAUCCACAGACUGGUCCAUGGCAUCAAUGACCUGCGCAACCAUGACCAGACGGGCAUUCUUGCCCGUGCCCCGACAGGCUUCCAG